AUGCCACUGAAACUCGUACCCAGUAAACCUGAAGAGGUGCCGCUGAUGGUAGAGACGUACUUUGAGGCCUUCUCGCAAGAUCCGAUCCAUCAGCGCUUCGCCCCAAGAGGAACGCAAUCGGCACGCGAUUUCUGGACAACGUCGCUGUCGGCAGAGAUUCGCGACGAGAACAACCAUUUUCUCUCUGUAUGGGACGACUCUUCCACGCCGGAAACGUUUGUUGGCUUUGUGAAAUGGAUCGUCCCAGGAGCUUCCCCAGAGCCUCUCCCGCCGGCUGACCAAUGGCCCAGCGAAGGCGACCAGCAGUUUUCCGUCUUCUUCUUUGGCAGGCUCGGCGAGAUGCAUCACGAGGCCAUGGGCAAGAGGCCACACUGGUAUCUCGAACUGGUAGCAGUCAAGCCGCAGUAUCAGGGCAAAGGAGCGGCCAGCUUGAUGCUCAAGUACGGCGUGAACAAGGCUGACGAGGACAAGGUGGAGUGUUUUCUGGAUGCUUCUCCGGCGGGACAGCCUAUUUACGAGAGGUAUGGGUUCAGAGUUGUGCAGAGGGAUACGUUUUUGGACGGGACGUAUGUUCAGUGUGCGAUGGUUCGGGAUGCACGCGUCUAA